UUGCGGGAGAAUUUAGUGUAAUUUUUCAAGGUGAUAAUGAAUUUGGAACCGAUCAACAAUGCCCUGUCGCAUCUGCGGAUGCUCCGGUCCAGUGUGGGACAGGUUUUCGAAACGCUCGGCAACGGCGUUCGAGCCGAACACGGCGAAGAAGGCAAGGAGCAAAAGUUUCUCCAGGAACUGCAGGAGCUACUGAAUGGGGUCAAUUCCAACUUGCGGGAGUUUGAAACGUGCAUCAAUGACUUGACGCCACCGCAGGGGCCGUUCAAUUUGGCCAACACGGCAUACCUCUCGUUGGAAACCAAUCUGGAACGGCAAGGCCUGUAUCCGCAUCUGGUGCAGAGCUACAAGUGGCACGACAAGCUGCACGAGUACAGUACCUUUGCAUCGACACUGCUGCAGCAGAACUCACUCAAGCGGUCCUACUACACAAACACCAAGCGGAGGCGGUCACUUCCCUCCAGCCACCUGGCAACACCUCAAACGGUAGACAACCUAAUCGGCAGCAUCCACUACCCGAACAUGAACCUGAAGAUUGUCCGCCCGUUCAUGACCAAUGCGAUUCUUCACAUCACAAUCGCCCGCGUCCUGCGAGCGGCGGUCAUCCUCAAGGGUCUCCUAAUCGAAUGGGUCACCGUCAAGGGGUACGACGAGUCCCUGUUGGAUGGCGUUGACGAGCACUGGACCGUGUCGCGGCAUCAGGUUUUCCGCAAAGUGCAGGACCACGCCCACGCGGCAAUGUUGCACUUCUUCUCACCCACGCUGCCGGAGCUGGCGAUUCGAAGUUUCAUUACAUGGUUCCGAAGCUACGUGACACUGUUUGCCGAUCCGUGCAAGAAGUGCGGAAAGCAUCUGCACAAUACGCUGCCACCGACGUGGAGGGACCUCCGGACGCUGGAGCCGUUCCACGAAGAGUGCAAACAGUAACAUCCACCACACAAAAUUCUUCCACCGUCGAACCGAAAAUCUUCGAGGAGACACUUUUGGUUAACUUAUUUUUAAAACACACCGCGAACCUGCGGGAACUACAACGAAAGGGAAAACACGAUCCGUCUCAAAGCGAUGCCACCGCAAGACUGGACGGUUGAUCUCUAAGUGAUCUCAUACGAACCCCCUCAGUGCGAAGCGGCCC